AUGGAUCCAACAACACCUCGCUUCCAACCAGAGCAAACACCGUCUUCCCCAUUGUUACAGCACAACAACAACAACAAAUAUCACAACAACAACAACCCAUUUACGUCAUCAUCGUCUACAGAAGCUACACAACAACUACAACAACAGCCACCAAGACCACCACCUCCAAAUACAACAACAACAACAACAACACCACAACAGCAACAACAAAACGAACAACGACAACCAUCAUCACCCCCUAAACAGAACAACAAUAACCAACAACACAAACAUCACACGGCCCUUCACGUAACCACAUCAGCAGCAGUUGCAGCAACAACAUUUAGACAACUUUUUAGACAAUACUGGCAGGAGGCCGUAACCUACUGCGCAGUUUUCUGGACUUUUGGAAUGUGCGUGGCGUUUCUGGGACCGACGCUGCUAGACAUCGGUUGCAUGAUAUCGAGCGGUCUACAGACAACGACCUGGGCUUUUACGUCUCAGCUACUCUUCUCGCUUAUUGGGGCCACCCUAGCAGGAUACGUCGUUGAUAAGAUCGACGCAAACAUCAUUCUGUUUAUCAACACGUUACUGGUCCCACUUUCAAUGGCUUUUUUACCAUUUUCUCGUUCCAUCUGGUCUCUAACUGCGAUCCUGGCUCUGAUGGGACUCAACAUGGGAUUCAUUGACUGCAUUGCUAAUCUUCAAAUGUUCAACGUCUUCGGCGACUCAGUUGCACCAUUUUUACACGCAUUACACUUCUGUUACGGGAUUGGUGCAUUUGUGAGUCCCGUGAUAAGCGAGCCCUACCUACUGAAUGAGGAUUGCACGGUCUUCGUUGAAACUGUCACUGAUGAGCCGAACCUCGUUGUCGACGCACAGAGCGGUCUAGUUAUGUACAGGAAUGACUCAGGCGAGCCUGCCAGUACACUGGAAGAAGCUCAAGAAAUGACUAAAGUGAAAUACGCUUUCUGGAUUAUGUCCGCUAUUCAGGCCCCCGUUGCAAUUCUCGUUUUCCUAUUGGUCCACAAGAUGAGGUCACGGGGCUGGAUGCCCGUGCAACAGGAAGUAGCUCAAAUUGAAGUUGUUGCCACUGACCAGGCUCUCAUCGAAAAAAAGUUGAAAGAAUUGGAGCAGUCGAAUUUGAAGACGGCUGAACGUCUGAUGUUCAUGUCGGAGCGUAAGCAGGUCAUCGCCAUUACUGUAGGAACCGCAACUCUGAUGUUCAUCUAUGACGGACUGCAGUCAGCGUUCGGUGGUUACAUAUACGCGUAUGCCGUGAAGAGCAUUGUCGACCUUAGCAAAACUGAAGGAGCCUACUUGAAUGCACUCUUCUGGGGGAUGUUUGCACUGGGGCGUCUGAUCUCAAUCUACCUGGCCACAAAAUUUACACCGGCCUUCAUGCUACUCUGUAACAUUAUGGGCUGCAUGUUGUCAAUGACGUUGAUACUGCUGUUACGUCAUAAUCACGUGAUCCUCUAUCUGGGGACGGGGGUGUACGGAUUAGCCCUCAGUAGUGUCGCCCCCUCAACGAUUUCAAUGGCCGAACAAUACAUCGAUGUUAACUACCACAUGACACUUGCUGAUUGGACGAUGAUGUUAUUCGCCAGGGUCGGACCCCACAGCUUCUUGAUAUUUUGCAGUACGAUGGGUUUCGUGUCCAUGGCUGUAUAUGCGGGCAUCUGGGUCAUAGGGAGAACCACCCCCAAGCACAUUGCGACCGCAAACUCCUCCUUCGUGUGGUGCCGUAUGUGCAUAAUUGACAAGACGACACCAGGUCACGGGGUACGUAGGAGGAGCUUGGCAGCCCCGCCGGAUUCUGCCCCCACCCCCGGCGAGAUUGAGAUGGAGCCCGUCAAUCACUCUUAA